AUGCCGCCUGAUCGCAUGAAUCCGACCUACCACUCGCUUGUCGACGAGGCUCCCGUCGCCCAUCGUCGACGCAAGACGCAACCCAGCAGCCUCUCCCCAUGGCGCUGCUGUGCUUGGUCGGCCGCCGUCGUCGCCCUCGUCUGCGGCGCAGGCAUCGCUUUCUUCUUCUACAAGGUCUUCGAGGAGGCAUACAGGAUGGCCGCAGCACCUCAUCGAGUCCACCAUGCGAACGAGACGCUCCUCUUCCAGGGUCCUGGAAUCGCCGACAACGAGUCGCAGGUCGUGAGGAGCUUCUUCGGUGCAAAUGACAAGGGCGGUGUGGAGAGAUUCGACCUGAAGGCGGCGAUUUGGGCGAAGGUGGAUGCGGAAAGUGAAGACGAAAAAGACGAGACAUGGACGUUGCUGUAUUCCGAAGAUGUUCUGAAGGAUGUCGAGAUCACCGCCAAGUCGCUCAAAACGACUCAGCGAGUGACUCUUUCUCAGUCUCUCCUCUCGCGCCUUCUCGACAGCUCGAAGAGCCGACUCCAAGCCUCCUUCGCCAUGCUCCCCUCGUCUUCAACUCCCGUCGACCCCUCGCUCGACUUUCACACCUUCCGCUCUUCCCGCAAUGCGACCAACUUCGGCCGCGACCCGCUCAAUCCUCUCGCUCCCCUCUUCCCGGGCCCUAUCGACUCGAAAGAUCUCCUCAAGCGCUUCUUGGGCAACUCGGCGGUCCUGCAGACUCUUCUCCGCCGCUCAACUGUUCGCAAAACGAACGGUACAGACGGGCAGAGCGAGAAGGAGGAGGUUGUGCAGAUUGUGACGAGCUCGAUCGUGACGAUGGCGAACGACUUUGCCGUCUACGACUCGAAGGCUUUCAACGCGAGUCUGGUCGAGCGCAACCAAUUCCGGGCGCUCUACUGCACCGGCGACACCUCCUCGAAUCCCGCCUGCACCCGCUCUUUCUCAACCGACGGACACUUCGAGAACCUCAUCGAGUUUGACGACUCGGCCGGCGGAGACCUCUCGACGGCUAAGAGGCAGGGUUGGCGCUACGGGUCGUUCUUGACUACGCGGUACGGAAUGGCUGGGCCGAAGGAUCAGAUGCGCGUGAGGGGCAACGAGACGGAUGACCUGUCGUUCGACUGGCACAUCACCUGGACAGCCGCUUCUCCUCUUCGACUCGCCGUCGCGUCGCCCUUCUCCAUCGCCUUCGAAGCCAGCGACCCCGACGAACCGGACGUCCACGAGAUGGCAAGUAGCCAGGACUUCCUCGACGUCGUUCACUCUGCCAUGGGACACCACGUCCGGCCCGACAGUCGCCCUCUCGCUCGUGUCGCUGUUCGUGCCGUCGGAGCUGUCGCCGGCUUCCUCCAGGUUCCAAUCGACGCUCACUACUGGUUGACCCGCUCGCUAUCGACCGGCAUCAGUCUUCCCUUCGAGCUCGCCUACACUACGCUCACAGCGUCCGACCUCGCCCGCGACAUCAUCAAAGCGUUCAUCCGCCGCGCCUCAUUCUUCGACUCGGUCCUCCUUCCGACCAUCCUCUUCCUCGUCGCCGCCUCAAUCCUCUGCUCACAGCUCAACUUGUUGUGCGGUCUUGUUUGGCAGUGGGGCGGACCGAAGGGGCUCGUGCCGGUCGGGCUGGAGAGAAGGAGGCCGACGCAUUCUGAGCGGGCUAGCCGGCGAGCGGAUGCGCAGCUCGACUGGCGCCUGCGGCUCGGAGUUGCGAUCGCCGUUCUCCUCGACUACGGACCUUCGCUUCCGCACAUCUUAACGAGCUCGUACACGCCGCCGUCUAAUGAUGCCGCCUACAAGCUGCUUCCGCGAGACCUCCUCACGCACAACUCGCUCUUAUACGCGAUUGAACUGCUUGCGAAACUCUCGCAGGUCCACCUCAACUACCGUCUCCACACCUUCGCCGGCACACACCGACUCUCCGCCAUCCUCGUCCUCCUGCACUCGAUCUGCGACCACGGCCCGACAAUCCUCACCUCGUUCUUCGGCUCAUGGGAGGCGCGACCGCCGCUCUACGUCUCGGACCUCGUCGCGGUUCUUCCCGAAGCUGUGCUCGCUUGGCAGGCGGUGCGGUAUUCGGCGGUCAAGCAGGAGGAGGAGGAAGAGGAGUGA